AUGAUACAUGCUGAACUUAGAAGUCAUAAGGCAACUUUAUCAGUAAAGAGGAGGCUGGCAUGUGAACAAGUGAUCUAUUUCAGUCAGGCUUAUCAAUGCUUGUCCGGAUGUGAUCUCAAUCACAAAAAUGGAAAAAAGCAACUCUGGUUCAUUAAAUGGAAAUUCCUCGAAGCAAAGGCUGCAGCUUACUACUACCAUGGUCUAGUCCUUGACAAGGGUAAUGAACCAUCGUGUCAUGUGAGUGCCGUGUGUUGUUUUCUAGCGGCGGAGGAGCUUUUAGCAGAGGGCAAGAAAGCCUGCCUAAGCUUCUGCCUAGUACCACCUGUGACCCGGGCUCCUCCUCACUGGGGUGCCAUGAAGCAAUUACACCAGAAGAUUCCAGAAGUUGCAUUGAAGAAGUCACAGAUGUAUGGUUACCUAUUAGAACAAGAGAACGCUCUUCAAAUAUUGCCUGACCUACCGGAUUUCCAGCUGUCACUAAGACCAGAUGACUGCGAAUUGCCUGAAAUUGAUCCGGCAUGGAAUAGAGAAAAGUGGGAAAACCAGAGCCAAAUGCUGAAAAUGCACCUCAAUGACAGUGAAGAGGAGGUUGAUACCGAGUGACAUAAUCUCUUUUUGCUAUCUGCAGUUAGAUGCCUAAUCUAUUUUACUAAACUUUGUUACAUUCCUAUACAAGCUAAGCUAAUAUAGUAGUAAUAGAAGACAACAUCAACAAGCUUGACUUGGUUUGCCUUGUACUUUCUACUGUCUAUGAAUGACACUUUGAUAAGAUACAGUUA